AUGAACGAGGUCCGUACAGUGCAGUGGUCACGGGUCAUGACAGUGCAGUGCUCACGGGCCGUACAUGCAGAUGGUCACGGCCGCAUGCACCAACUUCACGUGGUCACGACUGAUAGAACAAAGCAAAGCAAAGCUACUCAUUGUAGGUUGGAUCUUCGCCGCGCCACCUUGGUUGGUACGUUUGUUUUUCGUAUAUUGUCGGAGGAACACCCCGUGUAUGGUUCUGUGUCUUCUCUGUCAUGGUUGGAACAUAAAACUUGGUUGGUACGUUUGUUUUUGGAGUCUGUGUGCAUGCAUAAGAGUCUGUGUGACCAUUCAGAUUUGAGUUUUGCCACGGAAUCGAGUCGCGGGAUUGAAGACAAGGUAUAA